AUGGAGGAGGCUUCGCCUGCUGCUGCACUACACGCCCAUGAAGCUGUACUGCAGGAGGGGGUGGUCCACCUGAAGGGCUUCCUGCGGCCGGACCAGCAACGCGAGCUCUUCGAGGGCAUCCAGCAGGCCGCGCAGACCUACACCCCUACUCGCGCGCGCAACGCCCUCUCCAACUUCCAGAAAAUCAUGUACUACAACUGCAAGUCGCACAAGCACCUGAUUCCGUCGUCGUUUCUGUGGCUUUCUUCGGAGGCUUGCGCGGCUGCGUCGGACGCGAGCCCCGACCACAUUCCGCCCAGCUACAGCCCCGACUACGCCACCUCGUUCCUGUACCCCGAGCGCGACGGCCGCCUGACCGGCCACGUGGACAAGGUGACCGGGUGGGUGGUGCUCUUUUCGCUGGGCUGCACGGCACGGUUCUUCGUCAAGGGUCCCCGAAUGGCCAAACGGGAGGUUCUUGACUUCAGGUCGGGAGAUGUGUUGGUGUUCAACGGCGGGACAGAGUGGGGCAUAUACCACGGCAUCGACACCGUCGUGGCCGGCUCCACGCCCGAGUGGCUGCCCGAACUCGCCUCCGCGCGGCUCAGCCUCCAACUCCGUCAAUCCGAGCGGAACGACAAUCGACCGCCUCCCAAUACACGACCGCACACAAACUACGCUUAG